AAUUUCCUUUGUGUCACACACACACACACAAACGCACACACACCGUUUUCAUAUGGAUCUGUUUGGGGACAUUCACAUUCGGUUCCAUCUCUCAUAUUCUUUCACUCCAUCUCUCUCUCUUUCUGUCUCCAUAUCUCUCCUUCAUGUCCAUUUGACUCAAGAAUGGAGAAACUCGAUGAACAGGAUAUACCAAAUGAAUUUGAGUGAAACACACGAAAGUGAUGAAAUGGAGGGAGAAACAGUGGAAGCUGAAGAUGUUGCUGAGCUUUACGAAUGGCUCGGAAGACUUAGAGAAUCAUUGAAUCGUGGACAGCAAUCCUAGUGAAAUUCCGGAUUGACUGAUGGAUGAAUAUUCGCCGUUCAAUUUUCGACGAGACUGAGUAGAUGUAGAUUUUAGUUUAGUUUAGUUUAGUUUAAAUAAACGAUUUGACUUGUUU